UAUUAAAAAAAUAUUUCGCAAUCAAUAAUAUGUUUUUCGUAAUCCAAAACAAUUGCCUUGAACGAGCUACACAAAUAAUUAACUCCCAGUCGUCUCAAAAGCCUUUGUGCCAAGCGCACAGUAACUCAGUGUUAAGAAAAAAAAAGUUAAACUAAACAUUUCAAACGUCAAACUUCGGAAGCAGCGAGCGGAAACGCAAAACGAACCGACUUCAGAAUCUCCGACUUAAAUCCAAAGAAUAAAAAACUUUUAAAUAUUAAUUAAAUGACAAAAGUGAGCUACGUUCAGUGACAUCGAAUUAUAUGGUUCUACUAUGUGUUGUGUUUGUGAUAGUAGAAUUAACUGUAAGUGCCUUAUUGUAUGACAAACAAAGUGUCGAUAAAGACGACAAGUACCUUGUGAUGAAAGUAAUAAAGAUUCAAUAACAACAUGUAUGCAGCACUGUUAACAUUGUCAUUACUAUGUGCACCGCAUCAACUACACGCGGAAGUCGGGGAUACAGAUCUCAAUGAACUCUCGGACAAGCAGAAUGGAGUUAAGAUAAAUAAAUGCUGCGAACAUAACGAAAUUGUUGUGGACGGAGUAUGUAGGCUAGCCGAGAGAUACAACCAGAGUUUGUGGACACCACAAUUUAAGACUGAAGAUGGUAAUGACGCCAAAGUAAAAUAUUAUAACUAUGUAUUUGGUGUGCCUGACUGUGCCACCACACAACAGAGAGCUAUAUUUGAAUUAGACAAAUCCGAGGACAAGCUUAAUUUAUUAACUGAUGGCCGCUUACAACAUAUUAUCAAUCAUACUCCUAGUCCCGAUGUAAAAGAAGAACCACUGUUAAAUAACUUCAACCUGCAUGACAGCAUAACUAUACCAGAAGAGAAAGAACCAUCAUCAUACAUACAUAAUCAAGCUAAAUAUUGUAUGGAUAAGAUACUACUCACGCUAAAAGACACGCAUUCAAGGAAAGGAGUUAAUAUCACAGGCACAUAUGCAUUAGUAUGUGUGCCAGAGGUCAAAAUUAACUGGAGAGAUACCAACUUUUUAAUGAAGAAGAUUCUUAACCCUUUAUUUCACGCUAUUGCAAUGAUAUUGUACCUACUGGUAGCUGUUAUAUACUUUGUGUUGCCAACACUAAGAGACUUGGCCGGGAAUAUAAUCACAACUAUUAACAUGUGUUUGAUAGUCAGUCAGGCAGCGGAUUUAGUGAGAAUAUUCACUGAGUUCAGCAAUCAUGUUAGCUUCAUGGUCACUGAUAUCAUCCUGUACAUCAGUCUACUUGCAGCCUUCUUUUGGCUCAACAGUUUUGGGUUUUAUAUCUGGAAAACGUUUAAGUCUCGCAACGUGUUUCUCCGCGUGACAGAUGUCCGCAAGUACUGUUAUUAUUCAAGCGUGGUGUGGUCCAGUGUGUUGUUAAUGGCCGGUAUGGCUAUAUGCGCACAUUUCCUACUCGACACCGGCACCAACCCUAACAGGAAGACCAGGAUCCAGUUCUCUUCGUCAAUCAUUAUUGACGAUGUUGAACAGGAAACUAUUGGAUUACUCGGCAUCGCGAUAUUCUUUACCCCAGUUGCAUUCACUAUAAUUUUCAACGUAUUUUUUUACGUUACGACUUUAAAGAUUAUAAAGAGAAUCAACAUUUAUGGGAGGAUACAUCAUAAACUGAAAGGAUGCUUUAAUUUAUUCCUCCAACUAUUCCUCAUAAUGACGACAGCUUGGCUGUUCUUAUUGUUAUCCUGGCUGAACAUCGACGAAUUGUUAUACGCACACAUCUUCGUGAACCUAUUCCAGGCAAUUUUAAUAUUCUAUGUGUGCAUAGUGCGACAGUCGCAUGUAACGUUUUUGUUGCGCAAGAGUUGUUGCUAUGCAGAGCCUGUGCCUACGGGGGAGUGGGGAGACGAGAUGACUCACAUGAACGGAGGGAAUUACUGACAUAUCAUUGAAUAUCAAGUAGAAUCUCAUGAAUAGUUUUAAACGCCAAGAAACAUUAGCUUCACAGUAGAAGCACGAUCUGUAUGAAUGUGACAUAUUUAAAUGUGAUGAAAAUGAGCUAUGUUAGAUGUAUGGAUAGUUGUACUGUUAAAUAUUAUACUCCAAGUUUCACAGUUAUACAUAAUCUGUGUACAAAUGCGUGUGCCUUGUAUAUGUGCCUCAAAUUAUGUAUUAGAAACACCAACUUAGUGUAUAAGAUUGUUUCCCUUGUAUUUCAAUGCCUCUCUGAAUAUCUAUAGUACCUAUUUCGAUUGACUGUGAUUGUAAUAUGUAUUGAAACCGAGUGUCUUACAAACAGUAUACAAUUUAACUAAUAGUAUUUUAAAUAAGUAACUAGCAGCAGAAUAUACAAAGUUAUUGGAACUAGGAAUUUAUGAGAGUAGUUUAAAAAUGUAGGUGAAAAUGUUAAAAAAUUGUAAUCUAAUAUUUGGGAUGAUCUCUCGACGUUAGGAAUUGAUUGCUCACAAAAGAUACUUAAACUCGUUUAGGAAAUUAACAAAAAAUUAAAUUACUAACACUAACAAAUCGAUGUUAUUGUCGUAUGCGACAAGAAUAAUGUUAUUGAAUCUCAUUGACGCUGGGACAGAGAAUUAAAACAAGCCUAUUAUAUGCUAUCUCUUUUUAUAAUAUGUCCGUCCUUUUCUGUUUUAAGCAGCUAUAGGUGGUUAGUGAAGUAUUUAUAUACAUAAAUAUGUAUACAUUGCGCUCUUGCACUAAUUAAAAUAAGUACGUCAUUUUAUUAUAAUUAUAAUAUGUUCAAUAUUUUUUACUUUGACUUUCUUUUACGUCGAAACUAUACGAUGACAAAACGCAUUUAUGAAUAUUUUGUAAUUCAUUUUUGAUUUACUUUAAUAAACACAGCUAAAAC